CAUCCCUCAGUUCUCGCCUUACCGCUUCGCCAUGGCUGCGCUUGCGGAUCAAGACUGGGCCCUGCGCCAGGAGGACUUGGAGAGCAGCGCGCAGGAUGGAGCGAAUCCCAUGCAUGCGUUCGUGCACGAGCACCUCCUGAGCAUCCUCACGCCCUUUGCGGAGCAUGUCAGGGUGCUGGAGCAGCAGGUAAGGGCGCUGCAGGACGACUUCCUGGAGCACCGCGUGACCCUGGGUGACUGCACCGCAGCGCAGCGAGCGCACGAGAAAGUGGCGCAGGAGAUCAAGGAGGAGAUGGCCCAGGUGAGCGGCAAGGUCACCAAGUCCCAGAACGAUGUGACCAAGCUCAUCGACAUUUUCUCCAAGGCCAAUUUCGAGCGCCAAGAGAAGCUGCGCAGCGACGUGGAAGAGGAGCUGGGAGCCUUGCGCCGGAAGGUGGACCCGUUGCCGGACUGGUGUCAGGUGGCAGAGGUGCAGCUGGCCGAGCUUGCGCAAAAGGCCCAGGGCGCGGAGAAGCGGUUGGAUCUCCUCAAGGAGAAGUCCAGCCAACUGCAGGAGAGCUGCGACCUGAACAAGUUCUGCUUCCACGGGCUGUCUGAUCGCUUAGAGGCAACGAAGGCUGUGGCCGAUGUUGCGCACGCAGAUGUGCAGAGGCUGAAGGUGGUGGAGUCCUGCCACCACCAGGACCUUUCAGAUGCUUUGGGCCGCCUGCAGAGGCGUGUGGAUCGGACCGAUGCCAAGGCCCAGCACAACCUCGAGGACCUGAAGAGGACCGAUGACGGCCUGGGCGACCGUUUGGCGCGCGCCGAGAAAGGCCUGGAUAAAGUCACCAACGCCAUCGAGUCCUUGGACGCAAACAUGCAGGCUACACUGCUCCAGUACGAGGAGGCAGAGGCCUCGGAGCAGGGCAACUUGAACGCCUUGGAGCGCCUGGCCAACCACGUGCAUCGCAUCCGGGAGGAGCUGCUGGAGCUGACACACCGCCUGCACGGCGAGGUGACCAGCUCGGUGUGUGAGCUCAGCGGCACCGUGGAGACGCACGGCGAGCAGCUGCAGCACCAGGACCAGCAGCUCCAGGGUUUGGAGGACGGCUCCGAGUCCUUGGACGCGGGCCUGCGCAAGGCGCAUCAACUUUGCGCCGAGCUGAACAGAGAAGUGGAGUCGGUCUGGCAGAGAGCUCAGAAGGCCGACGAUGAGAUCAGGAGUCUGAUCCUCACCCAAGACAACACCGGGGAGCAGAUGGAAGAGGUCCAGCAAGACUUGAAUCAGGCAAAAGGACGCCUGCGAGUGGCCGAGCACGAGCUUGAGGUGGCGCGCAAAGAGCUGCGGGCGCUGGCCGUGCAGCUGGCUGCGACGGGCGAGGACCUGACGAAGACCGCCAGUCGCCUCGACCUGGCGCACGAGUAUUGGAACGGCUUCAGCCGGGGCCUGCAGGACACAGAGCAGGUGGUAUUCGAGGGCAAGUCGGGCAUGCUUCAGCAGAAGAUCGAAGCCUUGCGACCACGAGUGUUGCCCUCACUGCCGCCCUCGCCAUUGCUGACCAGGCCGCAUUCCACCCUCGUUGGCCAGCGCGUUGACAGCGCCAUGGACACAGGCGAGCUCAAGAGGCCGGCCACGUCUCAGACAUAGGCAUAGGCGCGCCGCGUCCACGUGUCCUGCGCCAGGCCGUUGUGAGCCUCCGUGGCACCCGAUGUCCCAUUUGCCGGCUCCGGUGAAGGAUGCCUUUGGAUCGCUCAAAGACUUUGGCUUGGG